GGAAGAGAAGAAAGAUGUCAGCUCCGUUGAUCCUAAACGAUGCAACAAGGAAGGAUGCUAGAAGAGCGCACGCUGCAAUGGCCUUGUGUCAGCUCAUUUACGGAGCUUACCAUGUGAGUGCCAAAGUAGCUCUUAACGUCGGUAUAAGUCAGCUCGUCUUCUGUGUCUUCCGUGAUCUUAUUGCUCUCUCCAUCCUCGCUCCUCUCGCUUUUUUCCGCGAAAGAGGGACCAGACCUCCUAUGAGUAGAAGCGUUCUCUUGUCACUCAUCUUCCUUGGUUUAACAGGGAUAUUUGGGACUCAAUUACUAUUUCUUAUCGGUUUAUCAUACACAAAUCCAACUUAUGCCGCUGCUGUUCAACCAUCCAUUCCAGUAUUUACCUUUAUUUUAGCUGUGAUGAUGGGAACAGAGAAAGUGAACUUGUUUAAAAUAGAGGGCCUAACAAAAGUUGGAGGCACUCUCGUUUGUGUUUCCGGUGGCUUAGUGAUGGUUUUGUUCCGUGGUCCAGCCUUAUUUGGAGAUAAAGAAGAUACUUACUUGACACAAACUAUUGAUAGAAGUCAGCCUGAGAUUCAUGGUUGGUUAGUUUCAAUUUUUCUUGGUCUUGGGCUUGAUCUAUGGCACAUUGGGGUUAUAUGCUUGAUUGGAAACUGCAUCUCUUUUGCUGCUUUUAUCGCUGUCCAAGCACCUGUUUUGAAGAAGUAUCCUGCCUACCUCUCGGUUACCGCAUACUCAUACUUCUUUGGAGCAUUAAUAAUGAUCACUACAGCCUUUGUAUUUGUUAGAGAACCUAAAGAGUGGAGCUUGACACAAUCCGAGAUUCUUGCUGUUAUAUUCGCGGGAGUGUUUGCAUCAGCUCUGAACUAUGGACUCUUGACUUGGUCUAAUAAAAUUCUUGGAGCUGCUUUGGUUUCUCUUUACAACCCUCUUCAGCCUGCAGCAUCCACCUUUUUAUCGAUGAUUUUCCUCGGCAGUCCAAUAUAUCUUGGAAGCAUUGUGGGUGGAGUACUAAUCAUUUCAGGGCUUUAUAUGGUUACUUGGGCAUCUUAUAGAGAACAGCACACAACAGUUUCAGGAAAUGUGAUUACUUCUUUAAGUGAUGUAAGAAUUUCUGAACCUUUGAUUCACAAAGAUGGGACUAUUGGGUAAAAGACAAGUCAUUUUUUUAUGUUGGACAAGA